CAAAGAAAAAAAAUAUACAAAUGAACAAGAAAUAAAGCAAAACCGGUGCUAAUCGUGACCUGUUUGCUUAUUUAAAUCAAUGGCCCAUUUUUGUGUUUGUCAUUGUGAAGUAACGGAUUGUUAUUUACGUCAUUUUUGCUUUAUAUAUAUAUAUGAAAAAAUACAGUAAACGAUGUUGAUAUUAUAAUUAAUAAUAUUAAUAAUAGGCAGUUAAAAAGAAGCUUUUUUUUUUUUUCCUGUUUGCAGCUUCUUUUUGGGUUAAUUCCUUUGAUUUGAUUACAGAAUCUGAUUCUCAAAAUGUUGUCGAAUGAAUCAAAUGUCCUAAUGAUGCUCCAUGGAGUUUGAGACACAUUAUUCUUCUGACUGGGUCUUCAACAUUCCAAGUUGGUGUCUGGUCGAUUGUUCAUACUCCCCCUCGUUCGGAUAUGUCUUCGAAGGUGGAUGACAAACCCAUCACCCGUGUUCUUUUUUGUGGACCGCAUUUUCCAGCUUCACAGAAUUAUACUAGACAAUACUUGGAGAAGUAUCCUUUCAUCCAGGUUGAUGAAGUGGCCCUCAAGGAUGUUCCAGAUCAUAUUGGGAGCUACCAUCUCUGUGUUGUGUUAAACAUGCGAAUAGAUUCAAAUGUUAUAUCUCGUGCCAAUCAAAUGAAGCUAAUAAUGCAGUUUGGUGUUGGCUUAGAAGGGGUUGAUGUUGAUGCUGCUACAAGGCUUGGCAUUAAAGUCGCCAGAAUUCCGGGUGAUGCAACUGGAAAUGCAGCAUCUUGUGCUGAAAUGGCUAUAUAUCUAAUCUUGGGCCUUCUCCGGGAACAGGUCUUUGUAAUGGGAUUUGGAAAUAUUGGAAUUGCUCUGGCAAAGGUCUUGAAACCAUUUGGUGUUAAAAUUAUUGCUACUAAAAGGAGCUGGGCCACAUAUUUGCAAGUUCCUGUCCCAAAAGUUCAAACUCAAAACGAGGUCGUUGACAAAUUGGUUGAUAAGAAAGGCAGACAUGGAGAUAUUUACGAGUUAGCGAGCUAUGCCGAUAUAGUUGUUUGUUGCUUGAGUUUGACAAAAGAAACAAUUGGCGUGGUAAACAAGUCCUUCAUAUCUUCAAUGAAAAAGGGUGCCCUUUUGAUAAAUAUUGCUCGAGGGGGUCUUCUAGACUAUGAGGCUGUUGUGCAUCAUCUUGAGUCUGAACACUUGGGAGGCUUAGGAAUUGAUGUUGCAUGGACAGAACCAUUUGACCCUGAUGAUCCAAUUUUGACAUUCAAGAAUGUUAUAAUCACACCUCAUGUUGCUGGAAUUACUGAACAUUCUUUUAGAUCAAUGGCUAAGGUUGUGGGUGAUGUUGCCUUACAACUUCAUGCUGGAACUCCUUUGACAGGGAUAGAAUUGGUCAAUUAAACCUAUUAGGGUUCAGUAGAUCUGUCCUGGUAUUGGCUCCUGCAAAAUCCAGGGUAUUUAUCCCCUUUAAAAGAUUGCCUAGCUAAAGGAAGUUAAAAUAGGUUCAGUAGAUUG